AUGGAGGGGCACUGUGGUAUAGAUAUCAUCGCUGUGGUCGCUGGAGAGGACGAGGAACUGUCACUCCUAGUAAGUAUCGAACUGGGAUCCAAUACUCCCAGUGGAUUUUCUAGGCUCAUCCCAUGCAUCGGUGAACUCUUCUGGCAACCAAAAACUGCUCGACCGAACGCUGCUGGAGCUAACCGUUUGCGGACUAGGGUGGGGGCACCACAAUAUCUGGCUUAUGUCACGGUGCUUAUGUCAUUCCUAGCUGACUCAUCAAUAAAUCUUGGACCUGGGCAUCACUCUGGCAAUCCACCAUCAUAUCACCUCCCUCAGGGAUUCGCUUGCUUCAACCCCAUCAACCACUCCCUCCGUGCCCCAGGGUUCGGGACCUUCUCAGGUGUGACGUCUGGCAGAUGA